AUGGUUGUUCAGGUAUCCACGAUACUCUUAGAGGAUAGCUCUACCGAGCCCUUUGCGAUACCGAUUCCCGCGAAGAGCCAAGGCGCUGGCAUCACAGCAGCCAAUACAACAAGCUCAACGACGCCGUCGCUACAGAGCAUAUUAGACCAGCGGAAAUGUUCACAGCUAUGCCUAAGAGACCACAGCGUGUCUUCAAAUGACACUGUGAACUCGUCGGCCAUAAGCUGCUCGAGCUCACUGUUCACAGUUUCCAGCUCCGAGAUGGAGUCGUGUGAGUCGCACCCUUUGGAAUGCCCCAUUAGCUGCAUGGACGAUGUCGAGGAGGAGUUCUUCGUCUCGUCGAAAGUGCAGCUCAUAAUGCCGUUGAGCACCAGGGAAGCGGAGCCUUCGCUAACGAAGAGGGCGUCGUUUGUGUCCAACCUCACACGCUCCAUCAAGUCCUUGACGAACUCAACAUCAACGGUCACACACAAGAGUAACGAUUUGCUGUUUGGAAUCCAACCGCGCUUAACAGAUGACAGACAUCCACUACGUCUCCUUGAGGACAAUUUCACACAGGAACUGGAGACGUACAAUGUGACCUCUCAGCCGUCGUCCUCAAGCGACAGUAUCACUGUGCAUAGGGCCCGUGAGGCCAGAAUCAACUCCAAGUUCUUGAGACUUUAUGCGCAUGAGGCAUCCGCAAGGGAGAACAACUUGCUACCAGAAAUCUCACAGGACGAGGAGAAUCGCUUCCUGGAGGACCCAGCAUAUUUCAGAGGCUCAGACCGUGAAUUUGCUCUUGUUGUUCGCCAGCGCUUGUGGAGCUGUGUGGUCCUACCCCCACGUGAAGACCCAGCCUUUGAACAUGCGCCGGAGUACAUCCAAGUGGAUAAGAACUGCACGGGCUCUAUGACGUCGUUGAAGGCGACAAAUGCUAAGAAACCAUGGGUCAAGUUUGAAGACGAACGUAAUGGGGACUUGGGUCCCCGUGGCGUGUUGGGCAAAGGAACACAAUUUGUUGUCAAGGGAUGGUGCAACUCAAGAUGGCUCGCCAGUCAAUGA